UGAUCACCGAGAGCGCCUAUGCUGGCGAGCCGUCCGCGGCUCCGCAGUCCCCAGCCCCAGGCAUGACGGAUGCUGUCGCUCAGCAGACUCCCACCUGGGGAUUCUUCCGCACGCCCCGUCUCGAUGUCAUUGAGACAGAGGACGCCUUUGUCGUCAAAGCAGACCUGCCUGGUUUGAAGAAGAACCAAGUUCGCAUCUCCCUCCUCGACGGCAUCCUGACGAUCGAGGGUGAGCGCCACGCCGAGCACGACGAGUCCAGCGACACCUUGCACAUGGUCGAGUGCUCGUAUGGCCAGUUCCAGCGCAAGCUGCGCCUUCCCCCCACCGUCGAUGCCGAGAAAAUCGAGGCCAGGAUGGCCGAGGGCGUCCUCGAGCUCAAGAUCGCCAAGAAGGAGUUGCCGCCUCCUGCUGUGCCCAAGAAGAUCCUGAUCCAGUAGCACACGCCGCCUUGGCUUGAUCGAGGGCAUUUCGAUCUUGUGGUCAUUCGGCACUUUUACUUUGUCGUCUUCAUGUGUUUCCUCCCACAUUACCAUAUCCAUCACCAUCGUGAAUCAUUCAUCUUUGAUCAUGUCGAGUUCGCC